AUGGCGAGCAAUGGUGGGCUCAAAUCAACAUACAAACCGUCUGCUGCCGCAGUAGCAGCAUCGGCUCCAUUGCCGCCGGGAUGGACAGAACACACAGCACCCACCGGCCAUAAAUACUACUACAAUGCAUCGACAAAAGAAUCGACCUACCAGCGGCCUGGUGUCCCUCCACCUGCGCCGGAGCCUGUGCAAGACACGUACUCGCCGUACGCGAACUUCCCAUCUCUCGCCGAUCCCAGAGUAGCAAAUGCGUACCUAGCGCAGCUCAAUCCCCAGAAUCAGUCGCGAAAUAGAGGUGGUCACAGUGGCAGGGGAGGUAGGGGCAGCCAUGAAGGCCGACCAAAGCCACAGCCCAUCGAUAAGCCUAGGAAAGCAGAAAAGAUUCCUGGAUGCGAGCCAUGGAUGCUGGUAUACACGAAAUAUUCCAGACGCUUCGCCUACAAUCCUGUGAAGAAUGCCAGCUACUGGCGCAUUCCCGAAAGGCUCAUGGAGGGGAUCCUGGAGCUCGACAAGGCACGAAUACGGGCCAAAGCUGCUGGCGAGUCGGAUGAGAUGAAGGAAGAGAAAGCCACCAGCGAAAAACCUGCGCCGCAGAUCGAGGAGCAACAGGAUUACGAUAGCGAUGAAUACGAAGAAGUCGAGGUGGAAGUGACAGAUGAUGAGGGUGGUGACGACCUCAAUGCUGAGCACCCGUCAAAACGACGUCGAACAUACGAGACUGCCGAUAAUGAAGACGAUGCCGAAGAAGAAGAAGAUGUGGAAGAAGCGGAAGGGGGUCCUGUCGAGUUUACCGAAGCGGACAUUGCGGCGCAACUUCAAGCUAUGGGAGAAGAGUACGGCCUGGAACCAGGCGACUACGACGACGGCAAUAUGGAGAGCUGGCCCGAAGGCACAGAGGGUGUCGAUUUCUCUGAAGAAGACGCCAAAUUCCUUUUCAAGGACUUGCUCAACGACUACAAUAUUAACCCCUACAGUCCCUGGGACAAGCUCCUCGAGGAAGGCAAAGUUAUGGACGACCCACGCUACACAGCGCUCGCCACGACACGUGCACGCAAAGAAUGCUGGGAUGAGUGGACGCGCGAGAAGAUUGCCGAGCUGAAAGAGCUACGAGCUAAGCAGGAGAAGAAGGACCCCAAGAUCGGAUACAUGGCGUUUCUACAAGAGAAGGCCACACCGAAGCUAUACUGGCCGGAAUUUAAGAGGAAAUAUAAAAAGGAAGAUGUCAUGAAGGACAUGAAACUUUCCGACAAGGACCGCGAAAAGGCGUAUCGCGACCAUAUCAACCGUUUGAAGCUACCCCAAACAAAGCUCAAAUCAGACCUUACGGCGCUCCUGAAAGCACAACCAGUUCACUUGUUGAAUAACAAGUCGUCACCGACGAACAUGCCCCCAGCUGUGCUCACAGAUUUACGCUACAUUUCAUUAGAGCCCAAAAUUCGCGACCCCCUUGUUGAAGCGUAUAUUCAGACACUACCGCCCGCGCCGGAAGACGUUGCAGCAGCAGAGGAGGAUGAGGAGAGGAAGAAGGCGAGGGAAGCGAGGGGAAAGCGUGAGAAGGCACUGGAGGAGAGAAAUCGUGUGGUUGAGGAGCAAAAGAGGAGGAGGGAGAGGGAUCUGAUGGCUAGUAAAGCCCGGUUGAGGGAUGAGGAGAGAGAGUUGGAGGUUGCGAUGAGGGUUGGGAAGAGAGGACUGCAGAGUCAGUUGCAAGAAGAGGCGUGA